GUGUGUGUGGUGAAGUAACUAAAUUUAUGACGGCUGUCACAAUCACACCGUACCACCAUGACAGUUCACACAUGUACAGCGUUGCGUUGAGCAGACUUCGUUGACAGCUUUCAUUUCUCAGGUCUUUUCCGCUUUACUUCUCAACAUGGGUCGUGUUCGUACGAAGACUAUCAAGAAGGCCGCUAAGGUCAUUAUUGAAAAAUACUACACCCGCUUGACCAUGGAUUUCCAUACAAAUAAGCGUAUUUGUGAAGAAGUCGCUAUUAUUCCAACGAAGUCACUUCGUAACAAAAUUGCUGGAUACGUAACGCAUUUGAUGGGUCGUCUUCGUCACUCACAAGUUCGCGGUAUUUCAAUCAAAUUGCAAGAAGAAGAACGUGAACGUCGUGAUAACUAUGUACCAGCCGUUUCAGCUUUGGAACAUGAUAUCAUCGAAGUUGAUCCAGAGACCAAGGAAAUGUUGAAACUUUUGGACUUCAACAACAUCAGUGGUCUUCAACUUACGCAAGCCACCAGCCAAAACUACAACAACCGUCGUAACUAAAUUGAGAGAGAGAGAGCGAGAGAAACAGCAGUUUUUCCACCCUCACCUCGAUUUCUAGUUAUAAAUUUUAUAAUUUACAUUAAAAUAAUGUACUUGUGCGACGAACACCUUUCCUUUUGUGCUCUCAUAACAACAACAAUGUGAAUAUAAAAGAUGAUUAAAUAAUAUUGUUGCAAUGAUUUAACAUCAAAUCAAAUAAAAAAAAACACAAUCAUUAUUGAAAA